AUGCGUGGCUUUAUUUUAUUGUGUUUGGUAGCUGCUGCCUGUGCCCAAUCGGGUUAUAAUUAUCAGGCUGGUAUCAGUGGUGGUAAUAUUGGUGCUGCCUCUAAUGUUGCACCAUCUUAUUAUGGUUCUGGCUCCUAUGGUGCUGGUUCCGUAGCUGCUGGUCCCGUUUCGUUUGGUAGCUCUGCUGAAUUGGAAAAGGAAUUCUACACCUUCAGCGCCAAUGAUGAUGAUUUCGUUAAACCCGCCAGCUCAAAUCAAUAUGCCAACUCCUUGAAACAAGGUCUCCGUGUUAUCUUCAUUAAGGGCCCCGAACAUAAUGGUUUGGAAGAUGCUGCUCUUGCCUUGGCCAAACAAGCUGCUGAACAACAGACCGCCAUCUAUGUUCUCAACAAACAAGCUGAUCUCUCCGAUUUGGCAAACAAGCUGAACACUUUGAACAACAAUGUCAAUCACAAACCCGAAGUUCACUUUGUCAAAUACCGCACUCCUGAAGAUGCUGCCAAUGCCCAAAAGGCUAUUCAAGAUCAAUACAACUCCUUGGGUGGCACAAGCCAGACUUUCAAUGGUGGUGUUGCUCCAGCCUUGAACUUUGCCUCUAAAGCUCCAGUUGCACCAGUCAGUGCUGCUUCCAGCCCUGCUGCCACAAGUGCCACUUAUCUUCCCGCUUCCGUUGUUCGUCGUUUCCGUUUGUAA